AUGUGUGAGUUUUCUGUACUUGGCUUUGAUCGAGAAACGAGUGAGUAUCCGGCUGUGCUUAGCUGGAGAGCAUAUAUGGCAAACGAAGAAAAUCUCAAGUAACACGUCGCUAAUCCUGAGCGUACUGAAAUGAACUCAAGUCGCAUCUAUUUCUCUCUUUGCAAACAAUCUUUGCCUGCCAGCCACGUUAUCAUUGUCAUUUAAAUUCGCUCGUUCUGUUUCUCUGAACGUUCAGCCUUUUCCAGUGGUUUCCGCCCUCAACGCUCUUGUUCGCACAUCUCGUCGUCUGCGUUUCUCUGCUCUCUCCUCUUCUUUGCAAAGCCUGUCAGUCGGCACGUUCACUCGAACCGAAAUGCACAACGUGGUUUUCGUUCUCGGUCCUCCCGGUUCCGGAAAAGGAACUAUUUGCGCCAAAAUUCAGAAGGUAAGCCUUAGAAAUUCGUGCUGUUCGAUCGAAACAGUUCUCCUCAGAACCUGAACUACGUGCAUCUUUCUGCUGGAGACCUUCUGAGAGCUGAGCGCCAAAGGGAAGGAAGCGAAUUCGGAGCGCUCAUCGAAGGUCACAUACGUAACGGAACGAUUGUCCCCGUGGAAAUCACUUGUUCUCUGCUCGAAAAUGCAAUGAAAGCGAGUGGGGACGUGAAAGGAUUCCUCGUCGACGGAUUCCCUCGCAACGAGAACAAUCUGUCCGGCUGGAACAAGCAGAUGGCGGGAAAGGCCAACGUGCAAUUCGUGCUUUUCCUCUCGUGUCCCGUUCCGAUUUGCAUCGAGAGGUGUCUGAAUCGUGGCCAGGGAAGAACCGACGACAACAAGGAGUCGCUGAAGAAACGUGUGGAGACGUACAAUCAACAGACAUUCCCAAUUAUUGAGCACUUUGAAAAGAACGGGCUUGUUCGUGAAGUGAAGAGCGAGCGUCCCGUCGAUGAGGUAGAUUGAAGGUCAAAUGUCUAAAAAGACUGAAAAUGUUCCAGGUGUACAAUGACGUCGUCAAAGUGUUCACUGCCGCCAACCAGAAAUAA